UGCUAAAGAUCUUUUUUACGUUUUGUUGUUUGGUUCACUUCUGCUUAUUAACUAUUUCAUUACAAUUCAAUUAUAAAACAUAACAAUGCGUAAUUUAAAACUUAAGUUUUGUACAGAAUUAAAUGCUCCUGUACGAGACGUAAAAUUCGUUGUAUUAAAUCCAAAUGAUGACGGCGACAGCGAUGUUGUUUAUUUUGUUACUGAAACGAAACUUUUUUCAUACAUGAAAAGCACCGAAGUUUUAAAAGAACUAACAGAACUGCCUGGUAUUAUUAAUGCUGAGUACUUGGCUUUAGAAACAGUAAUAAGUUUGGCUUCGGAGAGUGGAGAAGUUAUUACUGUGGAUCCUGAAACAAGUGCUGUUACUGAAGGUACUUAUUGCGACGUCGGUCUUUUAUGCAUGGCUUGGAGUCCAGAUCAGGAACUAGUUGUAUUUGUUACAAAAGCCCAUAACAUUGUUGUAUUAAAUGCAAAUUAUGAUCCAGUUGAAGAACAUUCCCUAGGAUUGGACGAUGAAAACCCAUUUGUCACUGUAGGUUGGGGUUCUAAAGAAACACAAUUUCAUGGUUCUGAAGGCAAAGAGGCAGCCAAAAAGAAAAGUGAUUAUAAACUUCCGGAAGAUGUCAAACAGUUGCCACAGAAUGUUGAAGUCCAUUGGCGCGAUGAUGGAGCUUAUUUUGCGGUAUCGUAUGUUAACAGCAUUUAUGGUAGAAUGUUCAAAGUUUUUAACAGAGAAGGAAAAUUUCAAUUUACAUCGGAAAAGGUUAAUAAUUUAGGUGUCCAAAUUGCUUGGCGUCCAGCUGAAUCAUGGAUAGCAGUACCGCAUAAAUUGCCAAAUAAAAGUACAAUUGGAUUCUUCGAAAUGAAUGGCUUGCGACAUCGUGAACUAAUUUUACCAUUUGAUUUGGAUGUUGAACAAAUACAAAGUUUAAAAUAUAGUCCUGAUUCUGAUAUUCUAGCAAUUGAAACUAAAGAUGCAGCACAAAAUUUUAAUUAUCUGUACUUGUACAUAGUAAACAACUAUCAUUGGUACUUAAAGCAAACAUUAAGGUUUUCUUUAAAUAAUCCUAUUACGUAUUUUAACUGGGAUAAUAGACUACAUGAGGAAAAAACCUUACAUAUACUACUAGAGGAUGGGAAAUAUUUAAUAUACAGAUGGAGAUUUUGUAUUGAUAAAUAUGAAAAUUUCGGUGUAGUUGCUGUUAUCGAUGGAAAUAAGUUGCUAUUAACUGAUUUCAAGCAGAAUAUUAUACCUCCACCAAAGUGUAAUAGAAUACUGCAAUUAGAUAAAAACAUUAACGCGUGUACAAUAAUUCUAGUAAAUCAAAAACUAUUAUUAUGCGUUUAUGACGUCAAUGAAGAUAUGACUAUAUUUAAUUCAAAUAUUUCGAAACCACUAAAUUUUGAUGAGCAUUCAAAAUAUAUUGCAUCUCCAGAAUUAUGUGGUCCACCUGCAGUAUGGGGGAACUUCUUAUUCCUCGGUGAUGGUACAAUAGUAACAAAUAAGUCAGAUAAUUCCCAAUCAGUUAUGCAGCUUAUGAAGCUCGAUAGUGUACUUACCCAAUAUAUACCCUUAAGCAAAUUUGUAUUAUCUACAAAAAUAUAUUCAAUGGCUGAUGCUGGAAAUAAAAUACUGCUUGCUCAAGCAGAUAAUGCAGAAAUAUUUAAAUUUAUAAUAACAAAAGAAAACACAAUAGAAUUUGUGCAGGCAAAUAAGCAGUCAGGUCCAGUAGUGGAUCAACUCAUCGUAGGUGGAUCAAGAAAUAAUAGCAUCAAUACUACAAUUGCAUGGAAAACAAAUCAUAAUCUUUUUAUUAAUGAAGAGCUUUAUUUUAAUGACGUUACUUCGUGUUGUGUCAUUGACAAUUAUUUAAUUUUUACCAAAUUAACCACAAUGUAUUUCUGGCAUUUAAAGCAGAAAAAAACUAUUGCUGAACGUAAAAUUGAACGUGGAAGUAAAAUAAUAACCACUGUCUUUGACAGUGGACGCGUGGUUCUACAGUUGCCACGUGGAAACAUAGAAACCGUUGUCCCACGUAUACUAUCUUUAGGCAUAGUGUCUAAAACUUUAAACCAAUUGAGAUAUAAGAAUGCUAUGGAAAUAGUACGGAAAGAGCGCAUUAAUUUGAAUAUUAUUUCCGAUAAUAACAUUGAAUUGUUUUUAAAUAAUUUGGAGUUAUUUUUGAACCAGAUUGACAAUCCAGACUGGUUGUGUUUGUUCUUAAAUGAUUUAAAAAAUGAAGACUUCACCAAAACCGUGUACAAAUUUUAUUAUUUCAACGCUCAACAAAUGUAUCCAGAAAACUUCCAAAUAGAAAAGAAAGUAGUAAAUAUAUGCGAGAAAUUGCUUAGUCUAAUGGAGGAAAGUAAGAACAAAGCAUUUUUUUUGCCUAUACUGAGUGCAUAUGUAAAAAUUGGAAAGGUGGAGAAAGCUUUAGCUCAGGUUUGGAAACAAAAAUAUAUUGAAAAUUUAAAUACAGACACUGCUGAUAGUUUAGCUGAUAAGGGUUUACAGCAUUUAAUACAAAUCGUAAAUGUUGAUGAACUAAGCGAUAUAGCACUUGGAACAUACGACAUUGGUUUAGUAGUUUAUGUACUUCAAAAGUCACACAGUGAUCCUAAAGAAUUUUUGCCAUUUUUCAAUGAAUUAAAAAGUUACGACACAAAUUAUCGUUGUUAUAAAAUUGAUGAGCAUCUGAAACGCUAUCAAAAGGCAUUGAAAGGUAUAACAGCAUGUGGUGAAGCAAAGCUUGAUGAAGCAUUGGAAUUCAUUAAAAAACACAACUUAUAUGCUCUUGCCCUUAAGUAUUAUGAAGCUCAUCCAAACUGCUAUAAAAGUACUUGCCUAGCUUUUGGAGAUUAUUUAAGGACGAAUAAUAAAUUGAAAGAUGCUAGCAUUAUGUACGAACGUGGAGAUAGUAAUAUGCAAGCUUUUUUGAGUGCAAAAAAUAUUUUGGAUUGUGGACGUGUAUUGUUCUUAGCUAAAAAAAAUGGAGCAGAUAUAGCAACUGUUGCACUUUCGUUAGUUCCAUUGCUAAUGGAAAAAGGAAGAUAUGAUGAAGCGUAUGACUUACAAAAAUCUUAUGGUAAUAAUAUUAUUGAUGGCGUUAAAAUAUUAUUAAAAGGAAAGGUUUACAAUAAAGCCAUUUGUGAGGUUCGCUUGUUCCAAGCUGAUAACAAUGAUAUUAAUUUAAUAGAUUCUUUGGUCUUACCCGAAUUACUAACACAUUUCCAAUUAUUGGAAGAAAAGUUAUUAGAAGACAAAAAAACUUUUGAAAAUUAUAAGGAGCGUUUACUAGAAAUACGUAAAAAAAAAUUGAAACAGCAACUAGAGGGCGAAGAUGCUGAUGAUGAUAAUAUUGAUGAAUGCGAUAUUAUUUCGGACACAACAAGUGUUUCACGUUUUACUAACUCUUCGCGUGGCACAGGCAAAACAUUCCGCUCAAGCAAAAACCGUAGAAAACAUGCAAAAAAAGUGCUCAGUCUAAAACCGGGUAAUAAGUUCGAAGAUAUUGCAUUGAUCGAUGCGCUUUAUAAUCUCACUAUGAAGUUAGCUACGCACCAGCAAAUCGUUCAUGAUACUUGUGGAGCAUUAAUUGAACUACAACAAGAUACUGAUGCAUCAGCUUUGCAAGAACUAUAUAGAGAAAUUUUAGUAUUAAUAAAAAAUUCGUUAGACGAAAUUUGGAUACCCGAGUUAAUGACCGCAAAACAGUUACCUACAGGCCUAAAUAUUGAUUACGCAGAACUACAAAAUGAACAACGUUAUGCAAUGAUAGAACCUGUUAAACGCUUUAAACCAGAAUUAAAAAUCUUUGAUUGGGAGCAUGAAAUACUCCGUUUAAAUCCUUAAUCAUGUGUAGUUAGUAUUUAAGAUUACUAAUCAUGAAUUUAGUUAGUAUUUUUUUAUAUGAUAAUUAUAUAAAAAGUAAAAUGUGGAAAAGUAAUUUCACUUUCUAACAAUAUUAAUAAGUUAUGCAAAUUAAAAACAAAUCAUAGAUAAUGAUGUGUUUCGUUUAUGCUGGACAUGCGAUUUACUUUCACUAAAAUAAAUGAAAUAAUUGAUUGUAACAAACAAAUCUAUAUCAGCAUAAAGUAAUGGAAAUUAACCAAGCGUUUAAUAUACUUACUUAAACAUAAUAUUUAUUAAACAUGGGUCGAAUUGUAAGAAACACAAGCAAAACAAUUGCAGCAAUAUAGAUAACAAUUAAUAUAAAAAAGUUGUUAGUGUUUUUAUAAUAAGAGCUUCUUAACUGUGUUACAUUUUUGGGGCGUAUUAAAAAAUAAAAUAUGUACAUUAAUUUUGCUGAUUCAA